AUGGUGAAGGAAACCGCUGUUUCCCAGGACUAUCCUAACGCCUUCCCGAAUGUGGGAUCUAAGGAUAGGUUUGGUGCAAAUUUCCUGAGUUCUAGUGACCAGAGUCAGGAUGGCAUCUGGCCAAAUGGAGACACCUUGCACAGUGAUGGGAGUUCAGGGCACCUCAAUACCCAUUCCAGCACCAGCUACAGCAGGACCUUUGGCCACAACACUAUCGACGUGGUGCCAAGGAUAGACUUCUACUGCAAUACGGUUACUGGCGUCGGCGAGAAGCUGCUUAGACCCAGCUUGGCCCAACUGCACGAUGAACUGGAGAAGGAACUGUUCAAUGAAGGGUCUGCCAACAGAGGAGAAGGAGAAGGAAGUCCACCCACAGGGGAGCCGAUUAUUCCAGCAGCAGACGGCAGUGGGGCAGUGAAGUUUGACUGGAUAAAGGGAGUCCUGGUCCGAUGUCUCCUCAACAUCUGGGGUGUGAUGCUGUUCAUGAGAAUUACCUGGAUAGUUGGACAAGCUGGCAUAGGCCUGACCACACUAAUUAUCCUCAUGGCCACUGUGGUGACCUUUGUUACUGCGUUAUCCACAUCUGCCAUAGCAACCAAUGGAUUUGUGCGAGGAGGUGGUGCUUACUACUUGAUCUCUCGCAGUUUAGGACCAGAGUUUGGUGGCUCCAUUGGCCUCAUCUUUGCAUUUGCCAAUGCAGUGGCAGUGGCAAUGUAUGUGGUGGGCUUUGCUGAAACUCUUGAAGAUCUGCUGUCGGAGCAUGGAAUAAUCAUGGUCGAUAAAAUUAACAAUGUUCGCAUUAUUGGCACCAUUACCGUGACCCUUCUCCUGGGGAUCUCGGCAGCUGGGAUGGAAUGGGAGGCAAAGACCCAGGUUGUUCUUCUUGCAAUCUUACUCGUUGCUAUUGGCAACUUCGUCAUUGGUACUUUCCUGCCAAGUGACCAGGAGAAAAACUCCAAAGGAUUCUUUAAUUACCGAGCUGAGAUUUUUCUGGAGAACCUUCGACCCAGUUUCCAGGCUGAGGAGAAUUUCUUCUCCAUUUUUUCCAUCUUCUUCCCUGCAGCGACUGGUAUCCUUGCAGGAGUCAACAUUUCUGGAGAUUUACAAGAUCCACAAGCUGCUAUUCCGAAGGGGACGAUCCUGGCAAUUCUGAUUACAUCUUCUACUUACCUGGGAGUGGCCAUUUCUGCAGCUUCCUGCAUUGUACGCUUUGCUACAGGGAACAUGACUGACAUGUUGACUCCUGGUGCAGUGACUAACUGUUCUACCACAGCCUGUACCCUGGGGUUUAACUUUUCUUCCUGCACAGAGAGCAGGUGUGAAUAUGGCCUGAUGAACAACUUUCAGGUUAUGACCAUGUUUUCAGCGUUUGGGCCCCUCAUUACUGCAGGGAUUUUCUCAGCCACCCUUUCAUCGGCACUGGCUUCUCUUGUUAGUGCACCAAAGAUUUUUCAGGCGCUGUGUAAGGACAAGAUUUACCCUGGAUUCCAUUUCUUUUCAGUUGGUUACGGGAAGAAUAAGGAGCCUUUGAGAGGCUACAUUCUAACAUACUUUAUUGCAUUGGCAUUCAUCCUGAUUGCUGAACUGAACACAAUUGCUCCCAUAAUUUCCAACUUUUUCCUGGCAUCUUAUGCUCUGAUUAACUUCUCUUGUUUUCACGAGUCAUUGGCUAAAUCUCCAGGCUGGCGCCCUGCGUUUAAAUAUUACAAUCCGUGGGUAUCCCUCUUUGGAGCAGGGCUGUGCUGUGGAGUGAUGUUCCUCAUUAACUGGCAGGCUGCACUGCUCACCUGUGCCCUCAUCCUGAGCCUUUACAUUUACGUUACCUACAAGAAGCCAGAUGUGAACUGGGGCUCAUCCACACAGGCCAUGACUUACCUGAAGGCCUUGCAGCACUCCCUGUCCCUGUAUGGAGUCGAAGACCACAUAAAGAACUUCAGGCCACAGUGUCUUGUCCUGACUGGACCACCAUCAUCACGCCCAGCCCUGGUGGACAUCACACAUGCUUUCACACGAAAUGUUGGCCUCAUGAUCUGUGGACAUGUUCAUAUGGAAUCCCAGAGGCAGGCACUGAAGGAAAUACCUGGGAAUCAGGUGAAAUACCAGAGGUGGUUGGCACAAUACAAGAAGAAGGGAUUUUAUUCUGCAGUGUAUGCUGGAGACCUUCGGCAGGGUGCACUGUGUCUGCUCCAGGCCGUGGGCCUUGGCAGGAUGAGACCUAAUACUCUGGUCCUAGGCUUCAAGACAAAUUGGACCUUGACCAGCAUUAAAGAAGUGGACUGUUACAUCAACAUUAUCCAUGACGCCUUUGACUUUCAGUAUGGAGUAGUGAUUUUUAGGCUUCCAGGAGGACUGGAUAUCUCUCAGUCUCUGGAGCAAGAAAAUCAGAAGGAAGCGGAAUCUAUGAGUAGACCUCAGGCACAGCCACUCUUCAGCCCAGAAACUGAACUUCAGUACUUCAAAAGUCACCCUCAAACUUUACCAAGGAUUGAAUCAGUAUUUCAAAAGAAACAGGGCAAAGGAAUCAUUGACGUUUGGUGGCUUUUUGAUGACGGAGGUCUGACUCUGCUUAUCCCAUACCUCAUGAACAUGAAAAAGCAGUGGAACGACUGCAGAAUCAGGGUACUUACAGCUGGCAAUAUCCACACCAUUGAUGAUGACAAGAGAAGGAUGGCAACGUUACUCAACAAAUUCCGCAUUGGCUUUUCGGACAUUGUGAUUGUUGCGAACAUAAACAGUAAACCUGGCGCCAGGAGUCUCAAAGCCUUUGAUGAGCUGAUCAAGCCAUACAGGCUCCGUAAUGAAGACUUGAAAGGGGAGACAGCAAGAAAAACGGGUGCGGCAUGGAAAAUAUUGGACCAGGACCUAGAAAUGUUCACGGAGAAGACGCAGCGUCAGAUACGACUGAAUGAGCUGCUGCAGGAACAUUCCAGCUCUGCCAACCUCAUAGUGAUGAGCUUGCCCAUUGCACGUAAAGGGUCGGUGUCCAAUGCGCUCUACAUGGCCUGGCUCGAAAUCCUUUCUCGGAAUUUGCCCCCAGUGCUUCUCAUCCGUGGUAACCACCAAAGUGUCCUCACCUUCUACUCCUAACGUGGUCUUGGCAGGGCCUUUAUAGAGAGCCUGAAUAUGUUAUAGAUAGCUCUGGCACAAGGCAAUGUGAUAGGAAAACCUCAUGUAAUAAAGGAGAAUCAAAUUACUAUAGGAGGUUUGUAAUCUAGCAUGUCAGUGCUGGGGUAGUGGAAAUUUGCUGU